UAUGUCACUUUUUCAGAGAAUAAAAGCAAAAUGGUAAAGUGGUGCGUUCAUGACUUGGUGAUAUAGCCAACGACAGGGGGUUCGAGAGUGAAUAAAUAUUAAUUACAGUAGUAAUGUUUUUAUCGCAACAACAUUAGUGAUCAGUGAUGUGAAGGACGAGUUGUUAUCCAUCACAAUAGUAACUAGUUAUGAUGGAACUUCGCGCUGAAAGUUCACUCGGUUUACAAUUAAGUUCUGUCGGUAUAUGCGGCCAUGUUUUCUUGUAGCAGAAAUCUUCCCUAUUAAUAAUUUGGAAUUACGAAUCUCGACUAAAGGAGCAUACAGAAUGCCGAAAUGCGAUGUGAAGACAAGAUACCUGCCAGCCACGUUCGCGUGGACGCUUCUACUUAGUACCACGACACUGUUUUUUUAUUUCCCAUGCCAGUAUUACAUAUUUAGAUAUCCAUGGGUACCCGCGCUUCAGGGAGUCAUUACAUUCUUUGUUUUGGCAAACUUUACACUGGCCACUUUCAUGGAUCCAGGUGUUAUUCCCAAAGCACCACCGGAUGAAGAUAGAGAAGAUGAUUUACGGGCUCCUCUGUAUAAAAAUGUUGAAAUAAAUGGAAUAACCGUUCGUAUGAAAUGGUGCGUUACCUGCAAGUUCUAUAGGCCUCCACGAUGUUCACAUUGCAGUGUUUGCAAUCAUUGUAUCGAGACAUUCGACCACCAUUGCCCAUGGGUGAACAAUUGUAUUGGUAGAAGAAACUACAGAUUUUUCUUCUUUUUCCUCAUGUCGCUCAGCUUCCACAUGCUCAGUAUAUUUGGACUCUGUCUGUACUUCGUUCUGAAGCACAAACAGAAGCUAGCUGAAGUUGACACGAUUGUCGCUAUGGUUUUAAUGGGUGUAGUAACACUACUCUUCAUUCCUAUAUUCGGGUUGACAGGAUUUCACAUAGUCCUGGUUUCAAGAGGUCGCACGACAAAUGAGCAAGUUACUGGAAAGUUUAAAGGAGGCUACAAUCCAUUUUCUCGAGGCUUUCUACACAAUUGCUGCUACACUCAAUUUGGUCCGCAGUAUCCAAGUUUAAUCAAGCCUGAAAAGUAUUCAGGAAAACGACGCGGAGCAUGCACUUCCGAGAUAUCUACUAUAGGUAGUGAAAACCAGGUAAAAACCUACAUGGAUAGCAGCAACGGUGUUAGAAAUGCCAGUUCAAAUGCUUACAAUAAGUUGUCCCCUGGUAGAGAUGGCUCGGAUACAGAUAUGGAACCAACAGCUUCACAAUCGGCAGAUUGUGAGCCAACUCCUCCGUUACAGAGGUGUGGUUCCAAGAGCAAUUUCUUCUUGCCUCCAGUAGAAGGCACCGACUCUCCGAGACAUCCAGCGGCGUCACAACAUCGUCACCAGAUGCAUUAUCCAAGGGGUAGCCCACACCCAAGGCCAAGAGGUAUGGAUGGCUCCCGGAGUCAUACUCCUGAUCCUCUGUCACCAGAGACAGGUGGCGGUUCUCCAGCGCAAGCGCCUCAACGCAAUAAUCAAGGCCAGGUUGGAGCUAGUCCGACUAUGCAACAGCGAAUCAAAGCAAUCGGAGUACCAACACCACUCGCGAUUUCCAGUCCUAUUCGCAGAUCGAAUCCAGGUACGCCGACACAGGUACGCAGACCAGAUUUUAUUGGUGUUGCUGAAGCUCCAACUUACUACGAUAGACAGCAGAGCCUCCAUGGUCCCCAGGGUAACAACAGUGCCAAUGCCACGGCAACAUAUAGUCCACAACGGCGUUUUCUUUCCGAAGGAGAACUUGUUCGCCAAGGAAGCGAUCUACCAUAUGCGAGGGCAACAAAUACUGUUGACAAUAUACGCGAAUUAGCCAGCUCUCCACAGCGGGGUGUUUACAUGUGGAAAGACACCUCGCCAGGCAGCUAUCCGGUACCAGUCGGUAUGCCUGUCCAUCAGUCCCCGUCUCAACGACCACCACCACCUUACGAUUAUUAUCGUUCAAAUCCUACUAGUCCAACGCAGCAGCCUUACGCAAAUGCUCCCAGGGCGGCGUAUCACCCCGCAAUACGAGGGGGUGUCCCAGUCUUCCCACCUCAUCAGCCCCACCAAUCGCCCCAAGUCAAAAGAAAAACCAUGGCCACUCCAACUACUCCGACUGCAGGUGAUGGUCGACGUAGACCCAUGUCGUUUGUCCGGGCCUUAGAAAUGACCGAUUCAAUGGAAAUGGUAUCUGCUCCAGGUGAAUCGAGAUCCCAGAGACCAACGACUCCAACGCCAGAUCGGGCAAGUGUUUACGACAUGAACUAUGAAAUAUCGGUAUAGCCCAAAGCUUCUAUCUCCAUUCCAUCAUGCGUUUGGAUGGAGGGAAGUAAAAAGCCACUGGCCAUAUUUCGAUUAGUCGAUUCAAAAGACGCCAGCUUAUCCUGGCACGGGUUGUGAAGCAUUUGAAAUAUUUCUUCGGAUCUAUUUGUAAAUUUUUGUUGAAUCCCGACUUCCUCAUAAGAAAAAAACGAAGUCAAACAUUUCAAUACAACUGACUAACACCUGGGAGAUGGCCAAAUUUUUCCGUACGUCAUGUGUACUCGAUAAUUUUGGAAGGUAUUCACUUUUACUAACUGGUAUUCAUUACCAUCGAUUUAAAACCAUUUAAAUUUAGUGUCUGUUGAGAUCAGUUUACACUUUUGUACAGUGUUAUCAUGACUGAGUGAAAACUACGCGAGACAUGGAUGUUAUGAUUCAAUUUUGAUGUGGAACUCAGCGGUUAUGGGGUUGAGAUAGGCUCCUUUGGAUAAUAUGUGUCCCUGUCCGUUAACAACGUUACUUAAUUAACUCAAGUCAUGGUAAGAAAUAGAAUAACAAAUUCAUACGUGUAAAAUAACCGUGAAAUGUGUAGCAAAUUUUUAAUAUACAUAUUUAAAAAUAUUUAUACACAAAUGAUGAAUACAAGACUUUUUAAUUUGUUUUCUGUUACAACCGUUGUAUCAUUAUGACAAUGUACCCGUUUAUAUGCAUACGUAUUAUAAUUC